AUGCUGGUUGCUUCAGCCGAGGACAACUUGGCUGGUGUCGGUCACGCUGUCGCCAAAGGAAGAUUAACUGGUGUCUGUCCUCUUUGGACGACGUCGACCGCCUCUGGUUCUCUUUCCCUAGGUUUUAUGCUUUUCCGUAUACUCCUGCCGCUAAGAGUCUCCCAGAAUCUCGCCUUCCACCAGCCAAAUAUCGCCCCCAGCCCUCCUUACCUAGGCGCUGUCGCUAUUGUUUCUGGACUGCCGGUCAUUGUUGGCGCGCGCUGCCGAAUGCUUGGCUCAAGGUAUAUCGGCCUCAUUUUGGCCAUUACAUCAACAAUGGCGAUCGGUACAAGUUUCGUCAUUACGAAAAAGGCUCUGUUCUAUCGACUGUCGCUUGAACAAGCGGAGCUGACUGGUGAUGAUGUAGUGGCCGUUGGAGAGAUCGCCAAUUUCGCAGCCUACGCUUUCGCACCCGCUAUCCUCGUCACGCCCUUGGGCCAUAGUGCUGUCCUUGGAUCGUAUUUCCUCAAGGAAAGACUGGGUACACUUGGGAAGCUAGGUUGUGCGAUGUGCCUCCUUGGCUCCGUCGUCAUCGUCCUUCAUGCGCCCCCAGACAAGCCAGUCGAGAGAAUUGAUGAGAUCUUGGGCUACGCGCUGCAACCAGGAUUUCUAAUUUACUGCCUCGCCGUUGCCAUCUUCUCUACCGUCAUGAUUUACCGCGUCGCUCCCGUCUACGGCAGAAAGAACCCUCUGAUUUACAUCUCCAUCUGUUCCACAGUCGGCUCCGUCUCAGUCAUGUCGAUCAAGGCAUUUGGUAUUGCGGUGAAACUCACCUUGGGAGGCAACAAUCAGUUCACACAGGCCUCGACCUACGUUUUCAUGAUCGUCACGGGUUUCUGCAUUUUGACUCAGAUGAACUACAUCAACAAGGCGCUGAACCAAUUUUCUACCUCAAUCGUUAAUCCUCUCUACUAUGUCACAUUUACGACUGCGACCCUGUGUGCCUCAUUUAUCCUUUUCAAGGGAUUUAACACCACUGACGCUGUCAACACGAUCUCCUUGCUUUGUGGAUUUUUGAUCAUCUUCUCCGGCGUAUAUCUUCUGAAUCUCUCCCGGCACGACCCAGAUGGACGACAGAUGCUCAACGCGAAACUUGACGAUGAGGGAAUUCCAACGGACGGAAUUGCCGGAUUCCAGACUCGGAGGUCUAUGCAAUCCCGUCGCAGCAACGAGCCUCAUCGUCGGAGCUCCUCGGGGACCUACAUGAACGGGCACGGAGACCGUGAAGGGCUUAUGCGUGCCUAUGAUGUGGAGAGCCAGGCAUUCGGGCUGUCCGACCUAGCCGGGGACAGUGACGGAGAGCCAGGUCCUACUUACAAGCGAAGUGAAGAAGUAGAUCAUUCUUCUCAUCAGCCCAACAAGACUUCCGCACUAUAG